CUCUACUUCCAUUUCAAGACCAGCCAGAAAUCGUAAGAGGGGAGCGAAUUCUCGAGCUGCAAGAACGCAAAGCGAAGUACCUUUGGGGACAACUUCCAACUGGCGUAACUGAUUUGCCAGGCUUUCUUCAUGCCGCAACGCACGAUGAUAUUCCUCGCGAUUCACAAUUUUCUGAAGAUGCUACACGUGCGUUUAAUCGUGGCCGAGUGUUCGGAGGAAUAAACCUUGCUCUGUCGUGCCUCUACACUCUCUUUGACAGCUGGAGUAAUUUUGAGAGCUUCACAAAAAUCUACACCGGUUGGACAGGCGAUGCACCAGAAAUAGCUCGAGAUGACAUGUGGAUGAAGGAUGAAGUAUUUGGCUUUCAAUUCCUAAAUGGCUGUAAUCCAUGUGUCAUUGAACGUUGCAGUCAACUGCCAAAAAAUUUUCCUGUUACGGACGUUAUGGUUAAAAAAUUUCUUGAUCGAGACAUGACAUUAACUGAAGAAAUUAAGGUAGGUUAUUUCGCGCGAAGCUCGGGCGAAAUCGGCUCGACGAACUGGCUUUGAUUUUUAAAUAAACAAAACACGUGUUGGAUGAGAAUGGAAACAAAGGUCACCGUGAUAUACAUUCUGGUGAAUAUAUAGGCUAAGCUAAGCGUGUCUUGAUACCAAUCCAUCAAUUCUUGUUGUACAAAUUACGCGAUGCUGAUAGUUCGAACCCUCGAAUUCGAAUCCCAGCCGGUCGUUUUUGCUUUAGUAAUUCUAACUUCCUCUUUUUUUUAAGAUUUCUUUUUAUAAAGCUAAUAAAUAUGCACAAAGAAAUUUCUCGACAUUGGUUAGUUAGAAGGAGUGCAACGGUGCCAAAAAACAUUCUCAAUUACGUCUUGACAUUUGAUAGCUAAAAACUUGUAUCAAGUUGUUUUGCCAUUUAAAUAAAUAAAUAAUUUAUUUCGCACGUGUUUCAUGCCGGCAUGUGCAGUCAAACUUGUGAUUACAAAUCUUAUAAUCACACGUUUGAUAUCAGCAAUCGCACUUAAUUUAAUUACGAUUAUUAAUCGGUGCGUUCUUGACAUUUUUGAACAUUGAAAUAGUGAUCGAAAUAGGAAAGAAAUAUACCCUGACAAAUAUUUUUUUCCAAGUCAAAACAAUUAUCACCUGUAAUUUCUAUUUUUAACUGCAAUACGCUCCUCCUUGGUCAUAGAGAAUCAAUGCUUAAAAUUUAGUAGUGCCAAAUGAGAUGAAACAAGCCGUAGAACUUCGUUUGCUAUUCAAUUUUUAAUUUAAAAGUUCAACAUUAUUUUCGCCUGUCAUCUCUCAAAUAUGGUGCUGCCUUUGACCAUUGGCAGACUGUUAUUUGGACCAUGGCAUUAAAAUUAACCCAUCUGUGAGAUAGAUCUAAUAUUCUGUGGUUAAAACUAUUGAAUUUUAGUGUAAUUUCUGUAUUGGAAAAUGGCCUUUGAGCAUUCUGAUUGGCUCUUUCAGCAGUACCUCUGAGGCAAUAGUUACUGCUCAAACUGCUCUGAGCAGUAACUAUUGCUUUACCCGCAAAAAUGGCUGAAAAUUAGACGGAAAUCAAUCUGAAAAUUAAACUCAUUAAAUAAACACAUGCACGUGUAUUAGUUGUAUUUAUAAAUAAAACUUUUUCAAUAAGUGAAAUUAUAUUAAAACAAUGUAGUACUUGCGAAGAGAAUCAAACACCACAGCUAAAAUAAUAAAAUUAGUAAAACUGCAAAAUUUGGUUGCGAAAUACUGUAAAGCUUGGAAAAUAUAGUCUUGUAAAGUUUGCAAUUUUUCUAUAACUUUGUACUACGUGCGGAAAUUGUUAGCAUUUUUGGCUCAAAAAUAGUAAUAAUUUCCGCACGUAAUGCAAACAUAUACAAAAUAUGUAAACUUGGCAAGGCUAUAUUUUCCAUGCUGUGCAACAGUGGCGUAACCAAGUUUUGCAAUUUUACAAAUGUUAAUAAGUUCUUUAUAAGAAUUUACUUUUAUUGCCUAGAUUAUAAUUAAAAAUUAGUCUAACAUGGAAGUUGCCUACGAAAAUUAAAUUAAAUUAAUUUUUAUAUUUAACUUAAUAAUCAUAUUUUCAUUUUUGGCUCAAAAAUGGUAACAAUUUCCGCACGUAAUACAAACAUACACAUAUACAAAAUAUGGAAACUUCGCAAGGCUAUAUUUUCCAAGCUGUACAACAUUUCGUAACCAAGUUUUCCAAUCUUACUAAUGUUAGUAAAUUCUUUAACAAGGGGCCCCGCUAUGAGUUAUGAUUGAAAUAGUAUUGUAUUUAGUUUUAAAAACCUACUUGAAUCCCUUGAUAAUCGAUUAUUUCUUCUCUCGAAAUUCUGUAAACAUUUUAAACUGCUUGAAUCAUUAUACUAUCACUCUACAUGAAGUAUAGAUGAUCGCUUACAAGUAAGAACGCGGGCGCGAAAAGACGAAGGCGGCGAAACAAGGGAGAAUUAAACUAAAGGGUUGAAAUUUCAACUAGAUGACAUUUCUAAAUGCUUUAAAAUUCGCAAUUUAUUUGUGUUUUCGAAUAUUUUUUUCAGAUUCUAUGCCUUUUUUGGGUAUAUCUUCACCACUGAUGUAGUAGAUUCAAUAAACGAUUGAUUUUUCGUAUGUUUUUACACUCGAAGGGUUUUUUCGCACAAUGUGUUCUAUAAGUAGGUUGUUCUCGUGACGUCAAGUAUAAUGAGUCCGAGCCAUUUAAAAGGUUUACAGAACUUCGAGAGAAGAAAUAAUGGGUGAUCAAGGGAUUCAAGUACGUUUUUAAAAAUAAAUACAAUAUUUUUUCAAUCCUAAGUCACAUUGGGGCCCCGAGCGAAAUUUCCGGAGAACAACAUACUUAUGGAACACAUCAAACGAUCACCCGCCGAAGUUUCAACCCUUUAGUUUAAUUCUCCCUUCUUUCGCUGCCUUCGUCUUUUCGCGCCCGUGGUCCUUACUUCUCAGCGAUCAUCUAUACUUCGUGAAACGUCAUGUAGAGUGAUAGUAUAAUGACUCCAAGCAGUUUAAAAUGUUUACAGAAUUUCGAAAGAAGAAAUGAUCUAUUAUCAAGGGAUUCAAGUAGGUUUUUAAAAAUAACUACAAUAUUAUUUCAAUCAUAACUCAUAGUGGGGUCCCUGUGGUUCUUUAUAAGAUUUUAAUUUUAUUGCCUAGUUUAUAAUUAAAAAUUAGUCUAACAUGUAAGUUGUCUAUUAGUCGCCUCAUGCAGGCUUGGUGAUUGACAAACCUAUAUUCAGUACUUCGCCUUCAGCUCAGUGAAUAUAGGAUUCUAAUCACCUCGCCUUCGGCGACUAAUUGUCAAAUAGCGAACACUGCAAGGAAUAGAGUUUAAAUAUCGACACUUCAUGACCGAAAAAUAGUCGCAAUCCAAGACGAAGUACCAAUCAGAAUUUUGGGCAUCUCACUUACGGGUUUUUAAUUUGAAGACAGAAAUUUCGGAAGAAAAUUACACAGAUGUUCAGACCUGACUGGUCAGGAGAAGUUGAGCAAACAAAAUUAUUUAAAAUACUAUUGAAACUUAAAAAUUUGUUUUCUAAUUAAGGAAGGACAUGUUUACAUUGUUGAUUACAAGGAAUUGGAGGGAAUCAAACGAAAUGGCGAGGAUGGUAAUUCUAAUCUAUGUUACGCAGCAGUGCCUCUUUGUUUAUUUUAUGUGAAACGUUCGGGAGACUUGGUACCGAUCGCCAUUCAGCUCUACCAACAACCCAGUAAGAGCAACCCAAUAUGGACUCCUGACGACGGUCAAUAUGAUUGGCUUUUGGCCAAAAUGUGGUUCCGCAACGCUGAUCAUCAAGUGCACCAGGUUUGUUUCAACCCAUUCAAUUAUACAAAGUGUAUAAAAAAGUAAUCCUACUCUGGCUUUGGUUGUCAAAUAUAAAUAUAAUGACACCAUUUUUUUUAUCAAUGCGAUCAAAUAUGGCCAAAUACAAUACGGUUUAAAAUCGUCUUUUUCCACCGUUGAGAAUUGAAUGCAAAGCUAUUGUCUGAGUUUUGAAAUUUUUUUCCGGAUUCAAAUUUCGGAACUAGAAUAAAGAUUUUGAAUGGGUUCAAUACAAAUUUAAAGGUGAUUCAACUCGCGAGAAAACAACGAAAUAUAAAAGGCAUUUUACGAAACUCGAAGAUUGCAGAUUAGGCUCAUGAUACUGAUUUCAGAUAGGCAACCAGCAUUUGCGCAAAUGUUCGAAAAUUGGAAGAAUGUUUAAGUGAAAAAUGCAAUCUUGACCGACCACUUUAAAUCGGAUCGUAUUCGGAACUGUCGACCGACCACUUUAAAUCGGAUCGGUAUUAAUGAACUGAAAUUUGUGAUAUGUUAUUACCACAACCUUCAUUACAUAUAAAUUAUUUUAGAAUAAAGUUUCCAUUGCUUGCGGAAGUUAUGCAUGUGUUGUUAAACACGGAAUGAAACAUUUUGGAUCUAUUUGACCGGGGGGUGCGUAGUAACAUGAUUUUAAUCCUUACCUAGAAAAAAGACUGGUUAACUUAUUCCCCAUGUUGAACUAUUUCAAUAUUAUAUGUUUAAAUGCUGAAUUGCAUAAGGCUUCAAAAAAUAAAUUGAAUUAUCCGGAAUCCUGACUUCAUCUUUUCCACGUGCAUUGUACAUGUUGCAUGGUGGAAUAUAAAGACUGUUAAUCAAGCUUGAAAUGUUUUGCCGAAUUCUCGAUGAAAGGGGUGUAUAUAGUGUGUGCUAUCUCUUAUGUUUGUUUAUCAUUUUUGAGACUAUGUCAGAGCGACUUGAUAAGCUUAUUAAUUGUUUUGAUAUUUAUAUUUAGGCAUGGGCCAUAUAAGCAUUGACAAUGUUAUUUAAUAUACUGGAUAUUAAUCAAUACGCUUAAGCAAACUUUUAUCUAUUGCCCAGUACUGGUGUUCAAAUGCAGUUUGAAAUUUUAACUGAGAUUGUUUGCUACUUUGUCUAUUCGAUUUCAUGUGAUAAUUAUACAUAAAAAUUUGUGAAAGUCUAAAUUUAGGCAUGCGCUACGUUUACACAGCAUUGCAGGGCAGAAGAAACCAAUUCAACUACUCCACCGGUUAGAACACUCAACAAACCAUAAUAUGGUAUGUGAGAUUGAAACGGCUCAUGCACAAACCAAUCAAAAGGUCUCUGAAACACGUGGUACAUUGCCUUUAAGUCCAGCAACCGAAGAACAUGCGGUGUUGAAAUUUUUGGGCGGACAACUUCGAUAUGAAUCUUGAGACAGAAACUGGUCAUGGCGCAAUAAAUUCUACACACAUGAUUGCAUUCCAAGAAGAGUCACUAUUCACGAUGGAAAGAGGAACAUCGAAGGUUAAAUUGGCAAGAACAGGAAAACGCUCGAUUGAACAAAGUAAUAUGGAAGGUGAAGAAAUGCAAGUUAAUCCAAAGAAAGAGCCUCCCAGUUUUGUUAAUUAUCCAGCUGAUGAAGUAGUGAAAAGCCAGAUACUGUCUGCGGAACGUUUCCUGACGUGAUGAUACUUUGACUGAUUAAUUUUCGCGAUCAAAACGUAACAUCUUAAUUUGCUUGGGAAAUGCAAAACCGAAUAGCUGGGGAAAACGACACAUUUAAUAAGACUUUGAUAACAUACUUGCAACCAAUCAACGAUAAGGUCACAUAAUUCAGUACCAUCAACCAGUACCUUACGUACAUGCAGAAGCUAGAAAAUGAAGUAAACAUGCAUACUUUACGUCAACGUAUGUUUGAAUCUCGGUGCUGCAAAGAAUGCCUACUAGUUAAUUCAUCAGGAAUUUUCCGUUGAAAUUUUACAAUGUUGUCAUCCAUUUGGGAGAUUUUCAUUUCAUUAAAGAAAAUUUUGGUGUCAUUGGUGGGCUUGUUAAAGCGUCGGGCUUUGAAGAUGUCGUAUGUCAAGCAAGUGUAUGCUCGUCUGGCAGUUUGAAAGGUGUUCUCUCAGGAUAACACUACAACAGGGCAUGGAUUGUUCAUUUUGCGUUUUCAGAGUCUCUGGAGAGGCUUUUGUUCCAGAGGUUUUUGAAAGAAAAUAGUAUCGCCAUUCCAGAUUACUUCUAUGAUGCAUGCAUGUAUUGAUCCAAUACCAAGCUGUGCUGUCUUACUGAAAAUGCUUCAUCGUUGUAUUCAGAAUACUAAGCUUUCAAAUAGGAAGCAAGAAAUGUUUUGUUAGGGAAAGCUACGCAACUUUGCAUACAGUUUUACAUGGAUCUAAUGGAGUGCCAACAAACGGCACAACUAGCUGUUCAAGAAAAUGAUUUUGAUCAAAAUUCAUUGGCAUGGAAAUUCUUUCUUCCGAUGUAUUUUGCUUUGAACAAGCAAAACUACGCUAGAUACGCAUCGUACUACGUCGGAGUCUUGCAAAAUAUUGACAUUCUCCGUUCCGGCCUAAAGAGGAAUGUUUGAAAAAUCUGGACUGUCUCUGCAGGCACAAGAUCGUCAUCCGUUGAGAACCGCAACUGACCAAAGAGGGGAGAAAACUAUUAACCGUGACGCCUUGCUAACGAGAGAAUGGCAUUCUGAAGUGGACGCUGAAUUGUUCACAAGAAGCCAAAAACAAGGCAAAACCUUUUGGAAUGGGGGUCAUAAGUCUCUCAAAUAAAGUAUAUAAGUUAUUACAACCAUCCGAGAUCCUGAAGUCGGAGUCCUAUUCUACCAGCGUUUUCAACACGUUACGCAAGGAAUAUUUAAACCGAUUCGAUGCGGAACUAGAUAACAGUUUUCUUUACCACUUGAGCUCGGGUACACCGGUAGAAGAGGAUAUCAACGAAGAAAUGUUGAAUAAUAGAAUAGAACGAGAAUCGUUGUUUGAAACAUUCAUCACUGAUAGAAUACUGAAGAAAGAAAUACUUUUCCAUGAUCCCAUUAAGAAGAGGAAGUUAGUAUUAUUUAAGGCAUCCUCGAAGAAGGUGUCGUUGACGAGAAGUACUGUCGUGAAAACAGUAGAAGUCAACAGAUAAAUUUUGGGUACCCUUCUUGCUUUGACAGCAAAGACAUAAAAAGUUAUCAACUUUGAAAAUGCUUUAGAAUAUCCACUUUGUUCUGUCCCGCUUAGCUUGGCAUGCCCUGAUGGCACACCUCGGAAAACUGCUAAAA